UUUUUUUUUAAACAAACCAAAAACAAUCUAAAUGGCAUCCCUACACCAUGUCGACCAUUUUGACAGCAACUAAAAAUUUACAGUUUUAUGUUUAGUUGGCAGUAGAAGUUGGUGUUGUUCGUCGUAAAAAUUUAUCGCAGUCUUCAAAUAAAUUUCUAGUUUUUUUUUUUUAUUAAUUUUCCAAAUCAAAUAAAAGUGAAUAUUAUUAAGAAGAUCCAAUAAGAAUAAAUCAAUAUAAUAAAUUGAAAAUAAUCCCCCCCGAACCAGUUAUGUGGAGUCCAACUCAUAUUCAAGUGACUGUACAAAAAGCUAAGGGUUUAUUGACCAAGGGCAAAAAUGGCACAAACAAUUGCUUCGUCACAAUUGCACUGGGCAAAGAGAAAUAUCAAACAUCGGUCAAGGAAAAAGCCACUGAGAACGUUGACUGGCAUGAAGAAUGUGAAUUAAAAAUUCCAGACCAAGGUAACAGAGCUGAACUCAUCCUGACUUGUUUGCAUCGUAACAAUCUCAGUAUAGAUGAGUUUUUGGGUCAAGUAACGCUUCCUCUCAACGAAAUGGAUGUUUAUGAUCGUCCUCGAUCCAAAUGGUUUAAACUCGAAAGUAAGCCUGGCAAAGAGAAAAAGAAAGAACGAGGCGAGUUAGAAGCCCGAAUAACAUUCAUAGUGAAAUCAGGCUCAUUGACAGAUCUGAGCAAGAAAGAAAAACACAAGUCUUCCAUUGGACAGCUAGCAAAUUCUGUUGGUGGUAGUCUGCUUAGUAUUGGCACAAUUGAGAAACGUAAAGGUAUUAAAAAGUUUGCCAAAUCUUUGGGUUCAAAAAUGCACUUGAACGGAAAGAAAAAGAAUAAAGACGCUAUGGAAGGUGAUGUUGAUUCAACAAGUGGAAGUUUUGCUAGUAUUGGAACACCAAACAGUAAUCCUGGCCUCAGAAGAUAUGGGCAACGUGUUGGUGAAGCAGAUCCAGGAGUUAUAAGUGAGGAUGAAGAUGAGUUUGUUUUUGAUACUCUAUCCCAUAAGAGCUCGGGCAGUUCAUUAAACAUUCGUGGCACACAAUCAUAUCAGCGAAAUGGUCCAUCGCCAUUGGUUUCCAAGGAAGUUGACACAAGCUUCUAUACUCAACAACAACAAAAUUCAUCGCCGCCUUCCAAGCCUCCACGUAAUCAAAACGAUCAGAAGCUCGAUGAAUGGGAGUCGAAACUUUAUGGAAAGCAUCUUGAUAUCGGUAGUACGGAUUCGUUAAAACGUCGCUCUUGGGAAAACUCCAGAGUUCCACUGCCAGCAAAUAAUGAAGAACUAUCACUGCGAGAAGCAGAAGUAGUUGAAAAGAUUACAGAAGACACAAAAACAUCACAACCAAUCACAAAAUCAUCGCCACCGCCGCCGAUUCCAGUUGUAUAUGAAAAACCAAGUUUGGAAUUUGAAAUGGAUGAAAGUACUCAUCCAUCGACUGCUCCAAAUACACCUGUUUUUAAGUCAAAGUCCAAAGAAAGCCUUAGGGAUAACAGUCCAUAUAGGGGAGCAGAUGAUUUACCAAUUGCAAUGCCCAGAAGCUCAACCAUGGAAUGUUUGACCGAUAAUAAUAAUUCCAUUUCAGCGCAUACUAAAGAAAUGGAUGCAAGCAAAGAAAAGACUGAGAAAAAACAGCGUUUUAGUAAAUUUAAAUAUUUUAAUAAAAGAGAUAAACACGAUUCACAAGAUGAACUUUCAAGCAGCCCUAAGGUUAGCGAAAGAAUUAUUAUUGGGCAUGAAAAGUCACAAACUCCACGUUUAGAGGUAUCAGCUGCUUUAGCUAAGAAAUACGAGGGGAAAUCUAGAGAGGAACUUAUGCUCCUAGCCAAUGGAAUGGAACAUGAGGCUCUUAUACAACGCCAACGAGUUAAGGAACUUGAAGAUUAUCUUGAUAAUUUAUUACUAAGAGUUAUGGAAACUCAUCCAAAAAUUUUACAAAAUCCUUACUCUCGCACUACAUCAACUAAAAGUGGAUAAUUCAGGACCAACACAAAGCUGUUAUCAUAUACCAGAAGUUGCCUUCACAAAGUGCUUUUUUUUUACAUAAAUAAACUUAACAAACAAAAAAUAUAUAAAACAUAUCGAAAAUAAAAUAAUAAUAAAAAAAAAUUGUUGAAAUAAUUAUUAUUAAACACUAAAUAUAAUUGCUAUUUAUAAGUCAAUACUAAAUUAAUCCCAAAUUUAAUUAUUUAUUUUUUAAAUUGCAUUUUAAUUAAUGAAUUUUUUUUAGAAUAAGUCAAAAGUAUUUUAUUUCUCAAAACCAUCACCGUUUUUUUUAAUUAAUUUAUAAAAUUAGUUUCCACAGUAUUUUAAAUGGAAAUUUUUGGGUUCUGGGCAAGAAUAGUAACAACAACAUCCACAAAACAAUGUACCUAGAUUCUUAAAGCUUUUAAAAUAAAUUUUUAAUUUACAUAGUACUAAGAUUUUUAAGCUAAAACAUUCUUUAUUUAUGUUUAUUUAGUUAAAUAAAACAAAAUUUAAUAAAAAUUGUUAAAAUAUAAA